AUGCGACUGCUGGGAGCACUGCUGUGGCUGCCAGCACUCGCAGCGACAGCAGCUUCAGCCAAACCACACCCCGCUCCGCCAGAUACCUCUCAUCUCGUCGACAUCCUGUCCGCCUCGCCGGACCAUCAGCUCCUCCUCGCAGCGUUCCAGCGAGCGCGCCUGAUACCGACACUCAACCGACUGAAUGGGUCGACCCUUUUUGCGCCAACGGACGAGGCAAUCAGGCGAGAGCGGGACCGCGAGAAGGAGCGGGCACUGAGCGGGGUGGUGGGGGCGGCGGUAUGGACGCCUGUGGUCGAAUGGGUCGACGAGGGCAAGGCGGAGGAGCACGAGCACGACAACCUGCAAUUGGCGCUACGAGACACGCUCCUCUACCACGUUCUCAACUUCACACUCCUCGCCGCACCUCCGUCGAACGAGACGAACUCGACCCGGCCAGAACCGCCGAAGCCCCUGCCAUACGACGUUCCAGUCCUCGAGGAGACGCUCUACUUCCCCUCCCUCUUCCCCUACAACCGCUCUUUCCCCGCCCCGCCAACUCUCCCUGGAACCGAGCCUGAUCAACCCGACCCAGACGCACCCAAAGGCCGCCCUGAAGGGUUGUUGCACGACGAGGGACAGCGUUUGCGACUUCUGCAGAAGAAGGGCGAGAAGGGAGACGAGCUGUGGGUCGGAGUCGACUGGAAGGGCGCGGGCGGGAUCAAGACGACGGGCGACAACCAGUUCGCUCGGAACGGCGUCUUCAUUCCGGUCGAUGAAGUAUUGCACAAGCCUGAGGAUCUCGCCACUCUGAUCCGCACGACUCCUGAACUCUCGACUUUCGCCUCUCUCCUUCCUGCCUCCGUUCUCGACUACAUCAGCACGGCACCUCACUUGACCCUCUUCUUGCCGACGAACGAUGCUUGGUCCACCUUGACCGACCUCGAGAUGCGGUACCUCCGCUCCGGCUUCGCCGACAACGACUUGAGCGAGAUCUUUGGCGACGCCGCAUCGCAAUCUGGCGCUGGGAAGGGCAAGGUCGGGUACCUUGAGCGGCUUGUUGGUGAGAAGGCGGAUGGGAAGGCGCAGCUUGAGACGAUCCGGAACGGGACUCUGGAAGUUCAGGGCGAGGGAGAUGCGACCAAGGCGACCGUGAACGGAACGGCGAUUGAGCGCGGGGAUAUCCUCGCGAAGAACGGCGUCAUCCACAUGGUCCCCUCCCUCCUGCUUCCCUCUGGCUCGCUCAUGCUUACCGCCGAGAAGUACCUGAUCGCCCUCGACGCAACUCACUUCGUUGCCCUCCUUCGUUCCGUCAACCUCUCGCACUACGUCCAGGUCCCUUCGAACGAGCCGGGAACCGUCAUCGACACACCCCUUCCUCCGCCUCUCUCCGCUGAUCUUCCUCAGACGCCUCUCUCGUUCGCGGACGAGCCGUCGAACCCGAAGAAGGAGCGCUACACGAUCCUCGCCGUCAAGGAUGAUGUCCUAGCCCACGCAGCAGCCGGACUCUCAGCGCUCUCCGCGCUCGAUUCGCCCAUCCUGAACGGUCGACCACUCCCUCCUGCCGGUUCUGAGGCGCUCAAGGAGCUGCUCCAGUACCACAUCGUCUCGGGCCAAUGGCGCCCUUCUGAGCUGGAGGACGGCAUGCUGGUCGGGACGGAGUUGCGUACCGAGUCGCUCGGAGGCGAGAGGCAGAGGAUUAUGGUCGGCGUUCAGGGCGAAGAGGGUAGUCGUGGUGAAGGCUGGGAGCGGAGCAGUAAGGGCAAGAAGGGUCGAGGUGGGGACGACGACAGCGAUGAGAAGGAGCUGAUCAGCUGGGGCGGCGCAAACGUCGUCGCCGACCCCGUCGUUAUCGGUAACUCGAUCAUCUACCUUGUUUCAGCUCUCCUCGAACCGCCUCCCACCGCUAUUACCGCCGCCGUCUCCGACCUGCGCCUGUCGACCUUCGUCGCAUCCGUCUACGCAGCAGCACUUGACGGCACCCUCGCGACUCAGCCGGCCGUCACCUACCUCGUCCCGACGAACGCAGCUUUCGGCGCACUUGGCCUGACGAUGCAGUACCUCCUCCUUCCGACUUCGCGUUCCGAGCUCCGCUCAGUCCUCGAGUACCACGCCGUGGACGAGGUCGUCUAUCUCGACGACUUCCCUCGAAGCGGCGGAUCGCGCUACCCGACACUUCUCGACGGCUCCGAGAUCUACUUCGAGCGCGAUGCAGUCAACUCGACCCUCUCGGUGCACGGCCCAACUCUCGGCGGUCUUCCAGCAAACGGCGAACCUCGCGAUGCCGCCGUCCUCGAAGGCAACGUCCUAACCGAGACGGGCGUGAUGCACGUCAUCGACCAAGUCGAGCUCCCGCCCGAACUCGAGAUCACGCUCGAGAAGCUCGUGCGCGGCGCGAAGGCCAACACGAUGAUCGACCUCAUCCGUGCGGCGAACAUGACUUGGGUGCUUGACGGCAAGAAGCCGCCUCGUCAGCGCCGCGAUGGAGAGGAGAAGGAGACUCGGCCCGACUUGACGGCGGCGACGGAGACGGCGAAGAAGAAGAAGACUCGCCACGACCAUAGCGACCAAGCCUACACCAUCCUCUGCCCGACGGACAAGGCCUUCGGCCGGCUGAACCUGACCUACUACCUGUCGAACCCGACCGCGCUCUCCCGCCUCGUCCGCCUCCACGUCAUCCCGACCACCUCCUCCUCGUCCACCGGCUCUCCCUUCCCUCCGCGCUCCACCAACCCCGGCUCGCCCCUCGUCCUCGAAGACGCCAAGACCUACGACUCGCUAUUGAGCAAGAGCCAGCCUGGCGGGUCGAGCAAGUUUGGCGCGCUCGCAUUCAAGAAGUGGGGCGCAGGCGAGGACGACUGGAUGGUCGGGAUCCGUGGGGCGAGGGGGACGAAGGGCGAGAGCGACGCGGCGAGGGUGUUGGCGUGGGGUCGCGCGACGCCUUGGUUCGUUACGAGCGACAAGGGCGAUGAGGAGGACGGCGAGGACUUGGCUGCGGCGCUUGGGUCGACGGUCCGACUCGCUGCGGCUGGCGGCGUCAUCAGCAUCGACUCGGUCCUGAUCCCCUACGAGCCAGGCUGGUUCCGCAAGUGGGGUUGGGUCGUCACGCUCGCCGUCGUCCUCGUCUCGAUCGGCGCGGUCGGCGCAGUCUUCGCCGUACGGUGGUGGAAGAAGCGGCAGCAGCUCAAGUACGAGCGGCUGAUGCAGGAGGAAGACGACUAG